CUCACCGUCGGAGUACUUCAAGCCAGAGACUUGCCAGCGAUGGACAUGUGCGGUACAUCUGACCCUUACGUCAAGGUGUAUUUAUUGCCCGAUAAAAAGAAGAAAUUCGAAACUAAAGUUCACAGGAAAAUACUUGACCCCGUGUUCAAUGAAAAGUUUGUAUUUAAGGCCGAUCGCUUUAAUCACUAG